CACUCUCGCGAGAUGAGAGAUUUGACAUCGGUACUCGCUGUCCGGCGGGAGCUGAGAAGCUGGAUAAUAACGGGGUUACGGGACAUUUAAGCACAGAUCACAGAUUGCGGGCUGCGUUAAGAUAACCAGGACUGUCCGGCGAGAUGCGGGAGUGUAUGUCGGUAUAAAUUUGAAGCAAAGUCCAUCUUAAAAGAUUCCUGAUCUGGAAUGAUUGGAAUUCCGUUUUAUCUACGCUAUAAAUGCAGAGGGCCCGCCUGAAGCUGGACUAGAUUUUACAUAAGGGAAGCAGGCCGCUUAGGGUCCAGGAUUCUGUCUUUUUUUUUUCCAUUUAAAGGCUGGUAAUUAACAAAUAAAUUCCCAUGGAUCUGUUGCCCAGUUUACUGCUCAUGUUAUGGACUCUGAGUGCGCUAGUCAAGGAGAUUACUGGACAAAAAGUGUAUACAAACACGUGGGCAGUUCAUAUAUCUGGAGGUUCUGCUGAAGCUGACAGACUAGCCAAGAAAUAUGGGUUCAUUAACCAUGGACUGAUAUUUGAAGACUAUUAUCAUUUCGCUCACCGAGCUGUCAUGAAAAGAUCAUUGGCCCCCAAGAAAUCUAGACAAGUCUUGUUAAAGAGAGAGCCUCAGGUGCACUGGUUGGAGCAGCAAGUGGCAAAAAAGAGGAAAAAGAGAGAUGUUUUUACAGAUCCAACAGAUCCUAAAUUUAUGCAGCAGUGGUACCUGCUUGAUACAAACCGACACGAUCUACAUGUGAAAGAGGCUUGGGAGCAGGGCUUUACUGGCAAAGGCAUUGUGGUUUCUAUUCUUGAUGACGGCAUUGAAAAGAAUCACCCAGAUCUGCAAGCUAAUUAUGACCCAGCUGCCAGCUAUGAUGUCAAUGACCAAGAUCCAGAUCCACAGCCUAGAUAUACUCAGCUAAAUGAUAACAGGCAUGGAACACGCUGUGCAGGAGAGGUGGCAGCGGCGGCAAAUAAUGGCAUCUGUGGUGUUGGCAUAGCAUAUAAUGCGAAUAUUGGAGGUGUGCGGAUGCUGGAUGGAGAAGUGACUGAUGCUGUGGAAGCAAGGUCCUUGGGACUCAAUCCUAACCACAUCCACAUCUAUAGUGCCAGCUGGGGACCGGAAGAUGAUGGAAAAACUGUAGAUGGGCCAGCAAAGUUAGCUGAAGAGGCUUUCUAUAGAGGGGUUACACAGGGACGGGGAGGUCUGGGCUCCAUAUAUGUUUGGGCCUCUGGCAAUGGUGGAAGAGAACAUGACAGUUGUAACUGUGAUGGCUACACCAACAGCAUUUACACACUCUCUAUUAGCAGCACCACCCAGAUGGGGAAUGUUCCUUGGUACAGCGAGGCAUGUUCUUCCACCCUGGCGACUACGUACAGCAGUGGCAACCAGAAUGAGAAGCAAAUAGUUACGACAGAUCUGAGACAGAAGUGCACAGACUCUCACACUGGGACUUCAGCAUCAGCACCACUGGCAGCAGGAAUCAUCGCUCUCGCUCUGGAAGCAAAUAAAAAUCUUACUUGGAGAGACAUGCAGCAUCUGGUUGUACAGACAUCAAACCCCGCUGGCCUGAAUGCUAAUGACUGGAUUACCAAUGGCGUUGGACGCAAAGUGAGCCAUUCGUACGGAUAUGGUCUGCUGGAUGCUGGCGCUAUGGUGGCUCUGGCUAAGGACUGGGUCACCGUUGGACCACAAAGAAAAUAUGUCAUUGACAUUCUCAGCGAGCCCAAGGACAUUGGGAAACGUUUGGAAGUUAGGCGCAAGGUAGAGCCCUGUGCGGGGAUGUCCAAUUACAUCAGCACCCUGGAACACGUUCAGGCAAGGCUCAGCCUGUCCUACAAUCGCAGAGGUGACUUGGCCAUCUAUUUAACCAGCCCUAUGGGCACCCGCUCUUGCUUGUUGGCACCCAGACCCCAUGAUUACUCAGCAGAUGGCUUCAAUGAUUGGUCUUUUAUGACAACACAUUCAUGGGAUGAGGACCCUGCAGGAGAGUGGGUUUUAGAAAUUGAAAAUGUCAGCAACAAUAAUAAUUAUGGGACACUUACUCAGUUUGUCUUGGUGUUGUACGGAACUGCCUCAGAACUCCCGGGCCUCUCCAGGCAGUUUGAUGGGAAUAGAUCCAGAAACGGGGCCUCUGGACAGUCUUGCAUUGUGUGUGAAGAAGGCUACUUCCUUCAUCAAAAGACCUGCAUAAAAUCGUGCCCAUCAGGCUACACGUCCAGUAUCCAGAAUAUUCACUACACCCUUGACAACAACAUAGAGCCUCUGCUGGUUAAUGUCUGUGUGCCGUGCCAUCCUUCCUGUGCCACUUGCAAAGGCACCACAAUCAACGACUGCCUAACAUGCCCUGCACACUCGCACUACAACCUGCUGGACUAUAGCUGCACUCAUCAGGCUCAAAGGAGCAGAGAGUCUCCCCCAUUAAAAGACUUGGAGCAUGAUUCUGCUUCAGGGACAUCUACGCUGCCAUUUUUUAUGGCCAUCCUAAGCUGCUUUAUCAUAAUUGUGAUUUUUGGUAGUAUAUUCCUCUUUCUUCAAGUACGAUCUGGGGGAGGCCUUGGCAGAAAGAAGAUAUACAUGUUGGACAGUGGGAUUAUCUCCUACAAGGGCAUCCCCUCUGUUGGGUGGCAAGAGGAGGGGUUUUCAGAUUCUGAAACAGAAGAAACAGAUACACACACCGAGAGAACUGCUUUCAUAAAGCAACAGAGCACCCUUUGAUGAUUAUGAACCCAUCACUUUCCUUCACCACUCACCAAAACUUUCUGCCAGACCCCUUUUUACCUUUUCAACACUGGACCUGCCCGCGCAGAUACAAGGUAAACGGCAAGAUGUUGGCUCCACCAAGUGCUUAACCUGUUGCCGUGGGCAACCCCACGGCUCUUUUUUUCCCUUCUUAAAUCAUUGUAUUAUCACUAUUUUAACCUGACAGUGCCUAACCCUUUCUCAUUAUGCUCUUUGCGAUUUUUCUUUUUUAAAUUUAUUUUGCCCAACUGUCAGUUGCCAUUUUGUAAAUUAACCCUUUCAGUGGUAGAAUGCCUUUUUAAUGGUGACAUGUUCCAGAUCUGAUCCUGCAUUGCAGAAUGAUUUAAAGUACAGCAACCAAUCACAAUUCAGACAUGAAUAUGAAUACAAAGACCCAGGGCCAUGUCUCUCUACACUAAUCAGAUAGUCUGAAUGAGAGGGAAGCCAGUUCUAUGACUCUAGGCACACUGAUUAUUGGAUAGUUAUUUUCAUUGGGGAGGUUUAGUUAUUUCAGUACAGGGAUGACUGCAUUUUAUAGAGUUCCAUGAAAUGUCCAAACAGUGUUACAGUACAUGUUAAUUCUUAUUUUUGAUUAAUGGGCAAGACUACAAGUCAGCUGUCUGAAAGCAAAGAAUUAAGUUCACAAAGUAAUGACACCGUAAUUUGCCAUAUGGCCAACAAGGCCUAAAAUUGCAAAUAAAAGCUUGUUUAUAGUUUGCCUGUAAUGUUAGAUUGAGGGGUUACAAAUAAUGUCAGCAGGGCCUUCAGGCAGGAAUGAGUGCUAGUUGGGAAGCUGGGAGUGUCCAUAUGCCUGUGCGGGGGGGGGGUGAUUUCAUUGCUCUAGCUCAGGCUGUUCAUAGGAAAUCUGUCAGCCAGUCGCAAUUUGUAGAGCAAUGUUGUAGUAGUGUGAUUGCAGAUGGCAGAAGCUUGAACACAGGCCAUACAUGCACAGAUCUGGUCAGGCACUUUGGCCAUUUUGUCCAGCAUUACCUAACCACGUGGGCAUGGAUGGUCAGUUGGGGGAGCAUUCAGAACAACAUUCCUAAAUAAGAACUAUCCGUCCUGAAGAAAUGUACUGUUGGGCCCUUCCUCUUAUAUGAGCUUCUCAUAUAAUAUCUGUCCUUCUUCAAUGUGGGCCCAUUGGUUGGGCUACUGUAUUGGGUCGGCCAGUUAAUGGCCACCUUAAUAAACCCAAGGUUUUUUGUAUAAUAAUGGAAUGUUAGUAAAUUUGCCCAAGGAUUUAAAGCCAUAUAUUCUAGUUCCUAGAAUUUCAAGAAAACAGUGUAGAAAGUGAGGGCUACAUUGGUGAGUUGCCUUUAUUUCUGUAGUGCCAUGAAUUAGGAACCUGCAGAGACUGGGCAGAUAUGGUGUGAAACUGGUUAGGAGCAACCUGUGGCCUCCAGAUAUCCCACAACCUUCGUUAAAGCAGGGGGCUAUGGGGUUGCAUAUCCACUAUUAUUGGCAAGGACCCCUCUUGUGAAUGUACUUUUUAACACAUACACACAUACACAUACUGUCAUACUAUGUGCGUUUGCUAAGGCAUGCUCCUUAGAUAACACUACCAAGUUCUACAACCACUAGUAGUAGUAUAUGGUGAAUAAUUCAUCCCCUAUUGUAAAAUAUAAGGAUAUUCGCCAAGGAGUUCCAUGACCGUAAAGCACAAGGACAAAGGCAGAGUGCUGUUAUACAGGUCUUGGAGCCCUAAGAAAGUCUAAUAUACUUAUAUUUUACAAUGGAGAGUACAUGGGGAAUGCAUCUGCUCACAAGCUCCAAGUACAGGUAUAGGAUCUAUGCUUGGGACCUGGGAUUUUCCAAAUAAAGGAUCUCUCUAUAAUUUGGAUCACCGUGCAUUUUCUACUAAAAACAUUAAAUAAACCCAAUAGGACUGUUUUGCCCCCAAUAUGGUUUCAUGCAGCUUAGUUACCAUUAAGUACAAGGUUCUAUUUUAUUAUUAUAGAGAAAAAGGAAAUCAUUUUUUAAAAAUUUAAAAUUGUUUACUAAAAAUGAAAUCUGUGGGAGUUGGCCUCGUAAUUUGGAGCUUUAUAGAUAUUUGGUUUCUGGAUAAGGGGUCCUACACCUGUAUCAAUAUGCUCAAAACCUGUUUCAGCCAUAAACUAGCUUUCUGCCAGGUUAAUGAAACGCCAAUAAAACAAUGAUUGCUUCUAUGUAGGAUGUGUAAAGCUGUACAACUUGGGGUUGUGAGGGAAUGGACUGUAUGUAGGGUUGUACCUGGCCCAAUGCCAAUGUUAAUAGGGAAAAAACAAACCUAUAGGAAGGGCCUUGGCAUUCUGCAUCUCAAUGGGUUAAUUUCUAAGAGAACAGAGCAUCCAAUCAGCGUUUGGAUUCCCUGUCAGUGUUUCAGACCCUCACAAUUCCAUGCUGAUAGUGUGCUGAAUUCUACUAGGGUGUUUUUUCAAUGGAUGUCACUACAUUGCCACAUCCCACUUGGUUAUAUAGACUUUCCUACCCAUCCAGAAAAGCACCGGAUGCACAUGGAGCACCUGGUUACCUGAAUUGUGUGCCUUCUCUCCCCCCCGGACCGAUUGUGUGCGGAUAUCAGCGCAGCCCGGCCGCAUCCGGAGGACAGCGUUUGUACAAAUGAGCAAUAAAACCAGUAGUGUUGUUGGACAGCGAGUGCCGGGCACGCCUUGCAGGAGCCUCCCCCCAGGAAUAUCGCACACAGUCUCAUUGCGUUGCACAGACACAUCCUAGGCCCCCAAUAUUUUUCUAAGGUCGUUUCAAGGACAACAAAAUAACUUUCCUAUUGGGCCUGAACUAUGGAUGUGGAGCAAAGCGGAGCGGCUACAGACCUGCAGCUGUAAUAUGAUAGAUAUUACACUGAAUCCUGUAUAUGUGCAAAAGGACCAUUUAUGGUGAUUGGAAAAAAAAUGCAAUGAAAACUAUUUUUGUAUAAUUUUUGUGCAAAGUAAUUUUUCUUGUCAUUUAAACAUAAUAAACCUUUUUUAUUUAAUGGAUGUGGAUAUACGAUUGAAUAGAAAAAUUUAAGGAUAUUAAAAAAGAAAAAAAAAAACUAUGCAACUCCA